AAGGGCUGGAAGGAGGCACGGUGAACUCUUUUGUGUUUAUCUCUUUAAAAAGUUACCAAGAGUACACGUAUAUCUUCUGGUUGGAAAGGAAACCUAUAUUCAAACAGGGAAGUAUCCGGACAGAGUAAAGAUCUCCCUUCAUCCCUAUCUGCCUCCGUCUUCAGAGUCCUUUCCCUUCAAAAGUGUAUUUUUACAUAACAUCUGCGCCCACCGACCUUAAUUGCGUGGUUUUUCUUUUCACCAAGAAUCGCGAUAUGUGAAGAUUUCUGCUCCCCACCCCUCCCUUCUUUUCCCUUUAGCUCUCCACCACGGUACUGUACCUAUUAAAAUGCAUUUCUGAAAACCGCUGAAUGCACACUCUAGUGUCGGGGCUGGAAGGAGGAUGUGUUUCAAGUUACUCCCUUCUGCUCGCGGGGUCUAGCGCAUGCGCUCUGCGGUAGGGCCCUGCUCCCCGCUGGCGCCCUGCAACUGGGAAGGCCAGGCCCGCCUGGGGUGCUAGGCUGACAAACCAUCCUACUGCCGGGGGCGUGAGCGGGGCGGGGCCAGAACGUCUUUAUCCCGGGCCGCGCCCUGGGCGGGCACAGAUACCAGCCACACAGACCAUGGCUGCAGCGGCAUUGAAGCAGAUUUGGAUCCCCAGAUUUCUCCCUGUUCCUUGGUUUCUGUGUGGUUCCAGAAGAUAUGCCUCAUCCAGCUUUAAGGCUGCUGACCUGCAGCUGGAAAUGACACAGGAGCCUCAUAAGAAGCCUGACCCCAGCCAGCCCCUGCUGUUCGGGAAGACAUUCACCGACCACAUGCUGAUGGUGGAAUGGAACCAGGAGAAGGGCUGGGGCCAGCCCCGAAUCCAGCCCUUCCAGAACCUCACGCUGCACCCGGCCUGCUCCGCUCUGCACUACUCCCUGCAGCUCUUUGAAGGCAUGAAGGCAUUCAAAGGCAGGGACCAGCGCGUGCGCCUCUUCCGACCUUGGCUCAACAUGGAACGGAUGCUGCGCUCAGCCCUCCGCCUCUGCCUACCGAGUUUCGACAAAAUUGAGUUGCUGGAGUGCAUCCGCCGGCUGGUGGAAGUGGACCAGGACUGGGUCCCUGGCAGCACAGGCAGUAGCCUCUACGUUCGGCCCGUGUUGAUCGGGAACGAGCCCUCGCUAGGUGUCGGCCACCCUACUCGAGCCCUCCUGUUCGUCAUUCUCAGCCCUGUGGGCUCCUACUUCCCUGGAGAUGCCUUGAAACCUGUCUCCCUCCUGGCAGAUCCAUCAUUCAUCCGGGCCUGGGUGGGUGGGGUCGGCAACUACAAGCUGGGAGGGAAUUACGGGCCCACCGUGUUAGUGCAGCAGGAGGCACAAAAGAAGGGCUGCGAGCAGGUCCUCUGGCUGUAUGGGCCUGAUCACGAGCUCACGGAGGUGGGCACCAUGAACAUCUUCGUCUUCUGGACCUAUGAGGACGGGGUGCUGGAACUGGUGACCCCCCCACUGGACGGCAUCAUCCUACCUGGAAUAGUCCGACAGAGUCUGCUGGACUUGGCCCGGACCUGGGGUGAAUUCCGAGUGGUAGAGCGUAAGAUCACCAUGAAGGAGUUCCUGCGGGCGCUGGAGGAUGGCCGGGUCCGAGAAGUCUUCGGUUCAGGCACCGCUUGCCAGGUCUGCCCCGUGCACCAAAUCCUGUACCAAGGCAAGCAUUUCCACAUUCCCACCAUGGAAAACGGGCCCCAGCUCAUUCUCCGCUUCCACAAGGAACUGAAGGCGAUCCAGUACGGAUCAAAAGCCCAUGAAUGGAUGCUCCCGGUGUAAUGCUCUGGGCUACGCUGGACCACUCUACGGACCACCGACCUGUAGCAUCCAGCCCCCUUUGGACCUUCACCUCCGUACCAAUGACUCACCUGAAGUGCAAUAUGAAGUAAAAGACGGGGGAGCUCGGACGCCUGGAUCUCCGGUGCCCCCAUGUUACACUCCCAAAGCCAUAAGGGCCUGACCCAGGCGACUUGGCCCCUAGCCCCGCUAUUCAGGCCUUGGGGACCUGUACUCCCCGCUGCUCCGUGUUGUGGGUCAGGGAUACACUUUGACCCCAAAUCUGCAUCUCCGUUUUCAGGCCAGAUCUCCCGGUGCUACAGUUGAUUUUUUUUUUUUUCCCUAGCUGCGAUUUUGAAAUAAAAUGCCAAAGAACAAGA